AUGUCGCCUAUCACAGUAUCCCGAGGGAACACCCCCUCAACCGACGAAUCAUUUACCCAAAUGGCCAACGAAGACCUCGAAUCAAUCGGACGCCACUGCCAACUCUCUUACUGCGGCCAGCUCGAUUUCCUCCCCUUCCGCUGUGAAUCCUGCAAAAGCACAUACUGCCUCGAGCACCGCUCCGAAACAGCUCACAAAUGCCCUCGCGCAGGCGAAUGGGCCCGUCGCAGGAACGGAAACACAAACCAAGAAAACCGCGGUAGCGCACCGCAAAAACCCAACAUCUACAACUCAGAGCAGUGCUACCACGUUUCCUGCAAAACACUUAUAAAUACACUGAAAGAUCCGGCCGUUCGUUGUCCAAACUGCAACCACCAAUACUGUCUUAAGCAUCGACUUCGUGAGGAACAUGAUUGCGCCAAGCUUACCCCGCUGGGCGCGCGGCAGGGGAACGGGCCCUCAGCGAACGAGACUAUCAAGUCUAUGUUUGCGCGUGUGCGCACAUGGGGCAAGGAUACACAGGCCGCAAGCGCAAAUCUGAUCCCGAAGGUGAAGCCUAAGGCUAACAGCCCAGCCGCGAGGGCUGUUAAUGUGAAUACGAUGAAGAGGACUGCGAAAGGGGAAGCAAAUGUUCCGGUUGAUAAGAGGCUAUAUCUGCAUGCUGUUGGGACAGCCGAUACGCAGGCUGCGGAGCCGCCGUCUGGGGACUUCUACUUUGAUUCAAGGUGGAAGGUUGGGCGGGUUCUUGAUGAUGUUGCGAAGAAGUUGAGGGUUGAGAACUUGAAUAAUAGGAGUGGAGGAGAAGAGGCGCGGUUGAGAAUGUUCCAUGUUGAGUCUGGGGAGUUUUUGGAAUUUUCGGAUUCUAUUGGUGUGAAGGCGAAGCAGGGGGAUACAAUUGUGUUGUUACGGGGCGCCGGGGUUAUUCUGGAGAAGUCAUGA